AGGGCAGGCCUGCGCAGGCAAAUGCUGCUGCACAACACCAGGAAGAAGGGAUCACAUACAACUUUGACCACGUGAGCUACGUCAAGUUUUGACACACUGAAAGUAGAUGGCACUCCUGGGGACGCUCUGUCGGAACACACACCAGGUGUGAGCAGAAGUGCUGUCGCUCAUUCUCGCUACCUUGAAACUGGCUGAAAGUCUGGUAGCUGCAUGGAAAUGGAGUGUCAGUGUGAAAAGGACAACUACGAGGACUCGGGCUGGUGGCUGAGCAGCAACAGCGUCCAGAUGGGAGCGUUUUCUGUGGUGGGGUAUCUCCUCUACAGAUUCUCACAGAGUCAGUCACUCAGCGGCAGGAAAACUCUCAUGGAUUUGUAAAGAUAGAAAGAUCCCGUGACGUAUUAGUCAUACUGUUUCUCUUAUUGAUUGACCUGUCCUCCACAGAGAUACGCUCCCGGCUCUGAUCCGAUGGCCGAUUCGUUUCCUCUGCUCUAUAACUGGUCUGUCAGCUCUAUGGAGCUGGGUGAGCCGCCUCGUGGGAACACUGCGUGGUACAAAGCAAGAAAAAAAACAAACAAAACAUAUAUAUCACCCGUGAAGCUGAAAAGACACACUUUAUGCUGACCUCUCUGUUUUAUGUUUCGUGUCUCAGGAAUCCAGAGCCUGUUUAAAUGGCUGUCUCGAGUGUGGCGGUUUAUCGAAGCAUUUCUCUCCAAGGUCAAAGCCAUCACAGGCUCAUCCAGAGAUGGAGCACUGGAGUCAAAGACCAAUCCAACCAGCAUACUGAACCUGUCCGGUGACCCCUCCGACAGCAGCAGUCCCAGCAAACCAGGCCUGAGGCUGCUCCUCCUUGGGCCCACCGGUGGAGGACGGACCUCCCUGGCAGACACUUUGUUGGGCAACACAGAGACAAGGGCACCCGUGGGUCCUCUGAUGGAAAGCACCAAGCGAAGGGCAGUAGUGGACGGCAGAGAGGUUACAGUGAUCGACACCCCGGAUCUCGUGGGGCUCUCACUGGGAAACAACAAGAGAGCCAGGGAAGCUUUACGGGGCCUUCAGCUUGUCAGUCCUGGACCACAUGCCUUUCUGGUGGUGAUCCGGGCUCCGGGCUCCAGCAUGGGGAUCGACCAGGAUGCUACCCAGGCAAUCCGAGCCACCGUGGAACUGUUCGGAGAAGGGGUCACGGGGUACAUCAUCCCAGUGCUCACCCAUGCAGACCGCCUGGGUCGAAGGGGGACUGUAGACCGGCUGCUGGAUGUGGACACAGGGGAUCUGAGAAGGGCUGUGUCUCUGUGCGGCCAGAGGCCUGAGCUGGUGGACAACAGGCCAGAUUGCCCCCCAGAGGCACAAAGUGCAGUGCGUAGGCAGCUGGCCGGGCGGGUGACGGAGACGAAGGAACUGAGGGGGCAUUUCGUCCACGAGCUCCAGAGGAGGGAGGACGGCGUGAGAGAGGAGCUGCUAACUGACAUGGCCUCUGCACUGGCUAGAAAACUGGGACACAUGUGAAUAUGAGACGGAGGGAGAAUGAGUUAAUGUUGUGUUAAUGGUGUGUUUCUGUGGCUGGGGCAGUGAAAAAAUAAGGAGGCAGGAUUCAUUCAUGUGUUAAACAUGCAAUUUUGACUUUAAGUGCAAGGAUGAAUCUCUGCCAGAUGUAUUUUUGUCAGUCUGCUGGUUUACCACUGUCCAAAUGAAUUUACUACUGGUGGUGGCCUUUUGGUUUUCAAUGUGCUGCAGAUGCUUUUGGUUAGAUAUCAUGGUCACACUAACUUAAUUUUCCUAUUUUGAUGUUUUGUAAUUCUUCAGUGUCUGUAUAUUCUUUUGUAUGGGACUGUGCCUCAUGUUUUCAUACUGUGCUCCAGUGCUUAGCCCUCCUCUGUCUUCUAUAAUUUAUCAGAGAUAUCAAACUUUAAAGAUGAUCAGGGAAAAUAAACCAAAGUCACAUUGCGA